AUGGCCGGCAAACGAACCAAGGCGCCCACCGCCGACGACGAGCUGGGCGAGCUAUUCGAGGGCCUCGACACCAAGGCUCCCGUCAAGAAAGCCACCAAGGCCAAGCCGGCCGCACCCAAGCCCAAAGCCGGCGAUGCUGCUGCUAACCGGGAUGUGCUCGCGGACCUAGAAAGCCAGUUGGGCGAGAAGGCCCCCGAACGGCCUCACACCCCGCGCGUUCGAGAAGUCAAGCGAACUUCCACCAACACUCCGCCUCCCCCGUCUGCGACAGCCGAUGCUUCGCGCAAAUCCGCCGAAAGCGCCGCUUCGCACCGUGCGAGCUUCACGCCCAGCGCAACCAGCUCCGAGCCUGUCGACAGCGAAAAAAGGGCAUAUGCUCAACAACAGCAACAACAGCAACAAGCACAAGCACAACCGGCUGCAGGAGGCGGUUGGUGGGGUGGUUUUCUGUCGACUGCCUCGGCCGCUAUGAAGCAGGCUGAGGCGGCCGUCAAGGAAAUCCAGCAGAACGAAGAAGCUAAGAAAUGGGCCGACCAGGUCCGCGGCAACGUGGGCGCGUUGAGAGGCUUCGGUGACGAACUGCGACACCGUGCCCUCCCGACCUUUACCAACAUUCUCCACACCCUCGCGCCCCCGAUCUCCUCGCAUGAGCGCCUCCUGAUCCACAUUACCCACGAUCUCGUCGGCUACCCCUCGCUCGACCCGCUCAUCUACGGCGUGUUCAACCGCGUCAUGGCCCAAGUCGAGGGCGGCGAUCUGCUCGUAAUCCAGCGCGGCCAAGAAUCCACUCUCCGCAGCCCCGCGGCCACAUCCGAAAAAUCAGGCAACCCCGCCGCCGUCCUGUUCAGUGCCGCGCAGCAAUCGGCCGCGGGCUGGCGUGACGGGCCCUGGUGGCGUCAAGCCGACGUCCCGCGCAACCUCGGCGUCGUGGCCGGCCUGAUCGAAGGUUCCAAGCUAUGCCGAGCCAAUGCCGAAGGGUAUGCGACUGAGUUUUUCGUCGCGCACGGCGGAGGUAUCGAAGCCGCCAAGCAGCGUGCCCUAGAGGUCGUCAGCGAGUCCAACCCGGUGCGCAGCUCCGACAUCUUCUUGUCGGUGCAGGCCAUCCGCGUGAGCGCCGACAAGUCGCUCUUCGCCGGCUCCAGCGCCGAGGAGAAGGCCAAGGAAACCUCGCCCGUGGCCGAGGAAGACGAUGAUGACGAUGAGGUUUGCUUCGCCGUCUACCUUUUUGACCCAGUGCACGAAAUCGAGUAUGCCACUGUAAGCCAGCGGGUGCCCGCGCGCUGGAUCCGCUGGCUCGACGCCCCCGUUACUCCUGUCAGCAGCGGCGACGAGGAGGACAAGGCGUUCCGGCGGGAAUUCGGCCGCGUGCCGGAGGAGAUCCGCGAGAUCAUCGAGAGUGGCGGUGUGGACCCUCGCGAGUGGGUGGCCGAAUGGGUGGAGGAAACCCUAGGGCUCUCGGUCGGUGUGGUGGCGCAAAAGUACGUCGCUCGCCGUAUGGGCGUUGGUGAGGGUGGUAUUGGAAAGGGGAAGCAGAAGGUGGAGACCUUGGUCGAGGACGGUGGAAACGAGGCUGCACGGGCUGGGCUGAUUUAA